GUCGUGCAAUAACAUUUAAAACGACGACAUGUUUCUUACGAAGAUUCUCUUUUUAUUUGGAUUAAUGCAGUUGAUAAACUUAUCAACUGCAGCGCCAUUACCGGACAGCGCAGGAAUCGUUGAGAUGGUAAACGGAUUGGCAUACGGCGGUAUUCCUUACGGAAGUGUAUCAGGUAUGCUAGCAAAAUAUCCAGGAUACUCAUCUCAACAAGCGAUUCAAUCAAGAUUAUCCUCGGUGAAAGCUAUUCGACCUGUGAUCGUGACGCCGAAUUUUAGAGCAACGAGAUUGGCUGUCACCCAUGGAGCACGACCUGUUCAGAUUUAUAAUCUUCCAGGUGUUAUCGCACCUGGUGUCGUCGGGACGAUCACUCAAAUCGGAUUUUGA